AAAUUUUAGGACUGUACGGGUUGAAGUUCUCAAUUAUUACAGCGAGUCUGCCGCAGGAUGUGACUGGUUGACCCUCGACCUGGCACAACUUGCACAAGCCUGGUAACUUCCCAUGCGCAGAUUAAUCUUUCGUGCGAGCCAGUCACGGUGAUGUGGCACUACUACGUAUACUGGCUCAGAUCUGAGUCCUUACCCUCAUCAUACCUACCCUUCACUCUCUUCACUUGUUUUCAAUCGGCGCGUCAUCUCUGUCGAGCACCACUUGCCGGACCGGAUUCCGACAACUCAUGAUCUGCGACUGUCUGCAUGCAAGCAUCCGCACUUCUCAGCCACAUUCGCGGUUGGCUAGAAGAUGUUUUUUUGUUCAUAUUGUCGGUGGCUGUAACGUCAACGGUUGCUUUCAAUGCCAUGAAAGGUCUUAUAACAAAGUCUCAUACUUUGCAUAAAGUUCUUGGUUCAUGUGCCAUUUCCACUUUGUUCUAUGACUGGCUGGCCUUGCGACAAGUUAGAGACAAUGCCAUCAUCCAGCUUCUUCGCCGUUCGACCCAGCUGAAGAGGAUGUAUCUCGGGAAGGAUCGGCUUUCGAAAGUUCAUUGCGAACAUGAUUUGUCCUGUCCUCCGUCACGAGAUGAUCACCUAUGCUCAACAGAAAUAAUGUUUUUCCGCCCUCAUCUUGAUUUGUGCAUGCAACCCGGAUAUCGGAACCAUCGUUCCACCUCGUUGCCUUCGGGGUAGUUUGUCGUACCUAUAAAUCGAGGAGUUUCCGCGAACAGAAAAAGAGAUUUCCUUCCCCCCUGCGUAAAGGCAAUAUCUCUGAACGUUUAUCUGUCCCCGCAUAAGACAAGUCGGGGCCUAUGCACAGGUACGGCGGUCUCGACUCUCGAUCGAUGCCUUGGCUUCAUGGAAUUCAAAUUGUUUCUUAGUUCGUACUUCUUCCAAUGUUGAACUUAAGACCGUCAGCUUUGAUGAUUGUCAUCCAUCGAUGGCUUCGAUAGCCUUCAACCAGGCUGGAAAUCAGGCUCCGUGUACCGCCGGGAGCUGAGCGCUGAUCAUUUGGAUCAUAGGGUCUUGAUAUUGAACCGAUAUCGAUAACGUUCCUGCAACGCUUGUAUUGGGUUCAAUGUUAUCGACCAUAGC